CUGCAUCGAGACACGGUGUUGGAUAUAUUCGUGGAGCAUUCGCUAACGAAGUGUUCUAACAAUGGUACCGAAGACGAUAAUAUUUCUUAUGACGGUGGGUUUGGCGUGUGCCGCCGUCUGGAUUGGAAAGCCCCCAAAGAAACCUCAUAAUUUAGAACACAAAGAAGGUUGUUACAUUCGAGAGAUAAACGAUGUUAUACCGUAUGGUGAGGAAAUAUCACCAAUAGGCUACUGCGUCAGAAUAGUGUGUGGGCACGAUAUGAUAGAUUACGCUUCAUGCGGUGUAGUUGCGACUAACGAUCCUGCAUGUCACAUCACGGAGAUAGACUUACACAGACCUUACCCGGAUUGUUGUCCAGAUAUCAAAUGUGACCUUGACAAUAACCUUGUUUAAAUGCAGCAGACGUGGUUAUAUGUCGGGAAUUCAAUCUUUAAAUCGUUAACCAUACUCAGAGAUAGCUCUUAGCGCAGAUAUGUGGAAAAUCUCUAACUGUUUAACCGUUAAUAAAUACGAGAGAUAUAUUAAGGCUAUGAAAAUAAGAGAAAAAAAAAUGUCACAAAAUUAUAUUCAAAAACUUGUAGGCCUUUUGAAAUGUACAAGCCGUUUAUUUAGUUAAAAUUGUAUCUAAGACAUGAUUCUUUAAAUUAGUGCAAGAUGAUAUUAAAAAAACAAUAGUCUUCGAAAGAAACCGUGUAGUGUGCAUAUGGUUUUAGAAUUUGAAAAUGUGUGUAAGUGCCUUUAUCACCGUAAGUCUCCACUACGGAUGUAGUUUUACAAACGCAUUGUCAUUCUCAAUCUUUUUAUAGUCCAACCAGAAAUAUUAACAAUCGUCAUAUUGCAACGCAAUCAAAUUAUGACACUAAUUUGAUUGUGUAUAUUAAAAAACUAGCUGUUCCCGUGCGGCUUCAUCCGCAUCAAAUUAUGAAAAUUUUAUUUUAUUGUUUACAUUUGUCAAAUUAUCAAUAGCAAAUGUCAAAAUGACAUGACAUGAUAAAACUUAUCAAUCUUUCUUUCUUGAUGUUGGUAGCAACUUAUGGUCUCUUUCCCACAUUAAGGUUUUUAUCCAAAAUAUUUACCCCCUAAGUUUAAUGGAGUGAAAAUAUAUAGCCUAAAGCAUGACGUAUGUAAGUGUAAGGCUUUUUUUAAAAAAAAGAAUUGUUCAAAAAUAUGCUGUAAUUGCUGACAUCUUAGGCAACAAAGAAGUGUGUGUUUACGCUUUAUUAUAAUAGUAUAGAUGUAUACCAGAGUAGCAAUCAAAGGAUUUUAAAAUCUUGAUUAGGUUAUAAAAACAGAGACAUUAAAGUGGUUUUCCAGGUGUUUCGGCAGUGCAUAUUUACUGUAAAAGUACAAACAUUGCUGUGAUAGCAUUUAUCUGUUUGGGUUAUAAUAUAAAGAUGUAUAAAUAUUUCAUUCGCUCUAUCUUAGUCUAUUAACGAUUCCCUGUUCCCGACAUCUCACCAUUAGUCAUGCUGCUUGAAGACUUUAGUUCCUUGUAGAAGAGUUUGAACGUAAUUCAUACUCGAGAAGCUAUCUUGCCGCCAAAUUGUUAUGAAAUUAUUUAUUUUUAAUUAAAAGACUUUUUUUUGAAAA